AAAAUAAAGAGAUUGGCGCUUUAAUUUAUAUUUUAGACCAAUAAAAAGCCAGCUAGCCAACAGCCAAUAAAAAACUGCCUAUAUCUAUUUUCAAUGUGAAUGAAUCAAUAAGGUUUGUACGUACAUUUUUGUGAGUUUGAUGGUGAAAUCUAAUCAACGAAAUAAAUAUGUAUCGUUUGAGAAUUUUGGCCUAGUUUCGGGAUUGAUGAGUGGAAACUUAUCGAAUAUCUUUUACACUUUCCAAGUCCCUGGGCGACUAGGCUACUAUUCUGUUACCGCUCCUUGAGUUCAGCUUGUGUGAUUCAGUGAAUAUUUGUCUUUACACCUGUCUCGAUGAUCCCCAUCGAUCAUAACCUCGGUUUAGUACCCCAAAAAUAUAAAUUGACUUCAUAAUGAAAUACGUAUUUCAUUAAGUACUUAUUAAGUCAAUUAACCAACCCUACAGAUCCAGUGUUUAAAAAGUAUUCACAGUUGUAAAACGAUUGAGCAAGGGAGCUACCGCAAUUAAUUACAGGUUAAACAACUUUCCCCUUUUUUAGACAGACAAUCUAAGUAUAUAGGUGACUUAGUAGUGCUGAUUAUCUUUAGCAUCGUGUAGUCGUUUAUUUUGAAUCAAUUUAAACAAAAUUAAUUCCCUAACUUUAGCAGGUAUAAUAAAGAAAAAACUGGGAAUUAUGGGAGGCUGCAUUAAAACACCAACAUUUACUAACAAUUAUAUUUUGAUAACAAAAAUCACAUGGAAUAUAAAUUUUACAAGUAUAAUAUCCUAUUGUUUUGGAUAAGACUUUCUAUUUUCUUUAAUGAGGAUGAAAAUCGAUAGUAUCUUUGUGUUUCUCCCAUUAUGCAUUUUCACUAUAUGCCAUUAUGUAAUACCAUUCAGUAUGGCUUAUAUAACAUACUGUCCAUGUAUGGGUCGGCUAGGCAAUCAGAUAGAACAAUUUCUAGGCAUGAUUGCAUUUGCUAUCAAAGUAAAUCGUACACUUGUUUUACCCCCGUGGAUUAUGAUGUCAUCAUUUCGUACAGAAUUUAUACCUUUUGAAAAGUUAUUCAAUAUUACCAAACUUUCAUCAGAUCAUCAUCAAGUGAUUCCACAAGAAGAUUUUAUGACCAAUAUAGCUCCUGUAGUAUGGCCGACAGAUAGACGUAAAGUAAUAUGUUGGCAGCCUAGAUCUGGUCCUUUAGUUAACGAUUGUAAUGCAAAAAAUGGUAAUCCAUUCAAAGCCUUUUGGGAUAGAUUUAAUGUCAAUUUCACGGGUUCCACAUUCUACUCUCCUUUAAGUGUAGACAGUUCAAAAGAACAAUGGGACAAUUUAUUUCCAAAAGAAUUGUAUCCAGUUCUUGCAUUUGUUGGACCAAUUUCAGCAUUUCCUGUUAAUCCUAAAAAUCGAUUUUACCAUCGUUAUCUUGAAUGGAGUGAUCAUAUUAAUACACUUAUUAAUCAAUAUAUUGAUCAGUCAUUAAUCAAACCAAUAGUUGGUGUUCAUUUACGGAAUGGAAUAGAUUUUUUGAAUGCUUGUUCCUAUUUAAAGCAUUCUCCUAAAGCCUUAUUUUCAAGUGGUCAAUGUCAUGGUGAUAUGAAUGAAUUCCCACCGUAUAAAGUUACCGACAGCAUGUGUACACCAUCGAAAGAAAUAAUUCUCCAAACAAUACUCUAUGCAGUUGGUUUAGUGAAAGCACAAAGUGUAUAUAUAGCCACUGAUAAUAAUCCUAUGGUGUCAAUAAUUCGUCAACAUCUAAGGAAUACAACAGUAGAAAAAGUUGUAUGGAAACCUGAUUCAGCGCCUGAAGAAGAUAUGGCAUUAUUAGGCCGAUGUGAUUUAACCAUAUUAAAUUGCAUAUCCACUUAUUCAGCUGCUAUAAAACGUGAACGAGAUGUCAGGCGCUUGCCUAGUAUGUUUUUUGGUUUAAAUAAUGAAGAUCAAAGAGGUUUAGAAGUGCUGUGUACAAACCGUGAAAGCGCACACAAUUGGUGGUUGAAAUUUUAUCGAAAAUAAUUCGAGUUGAAUUUCUAUGCUUAAUGAGAUUGGCUUAUUCUCUCCUUGAUCUCAAUAUUAUUAUUAUUAUUAUUAUCACCAUAUUUCUUUCAAUAAAUUUAUAUAUGCAUUAUGUGUGUGUGUGUAAAAUUUCUAA